AUGGAGGAGCGCGGGCCUGUUGCUAGAGCGGACGUGCUCGAAGUUGGCGGCAGAUGGGAAGGGGAGCUUGGCGACGGUUUGCUCGUUCCGCUCACCUACUGUGACGAAACUCGAGCUUUGAACAUCCCUGCCAAGUUUCGUGGAUGGCUGAGCGAACAUCGGAAGGAGGGUGGUGGUCUGCCCCGUGUCGAAGAUGUUGAAAAAUGGAAACUACAUGGCUUAGACCUAGAUGAUCUGCCAGUUGAGUGA